UCUGUUCGUCACUCUCUCACUGAGUCACACACAGCGCGCGCGUCCACGCCCGAACCCACUCUCAAUUGGCGUCGUGACGUCACUGUGUCGGCUCCUGGUGUCCCCGCCUCUAACCGGGAGCAGCGAGCGAAGGGCGUCCGGAGCCAACGGGAGAAUCGCUUAAGCCGGUGUUCCUGACAUACCUGCGGAUCAGUGGGCGGUUCUCUGACGGUUCUCCUGGACCGAUCGUCUGUCUUCACUUUGGCCUGCCACAAAGUCCAUCCCUCUUGGACAGACGUCUCCUGCCUGAGUCGUUGUUUGAGGACUGCUGAUGCAUCGUUUACGGACUUGUGCGGCGCGUUUGCGUCCACUCACCACCUCUCAGGUGGCUCAGACUAUUGGUCAACAACGGCCAGUCACAGCUGCCCCUUCAAGCAGCACAAGGACGUUGCAGCCCAUUAGGUGCUACACAGCACCGGUGGCCUCAGAGCCCUUCCUGAAUGGCACCAGCUCCAACUAUGUGGAGGAAAUGUACUACGCCUGGCUGGAGGACCCCAAGAGUGUCCACAAGUCCUGGGACGUGUUCUUCCGCAACGCCAACGCCGGCGCCCCUCCAGGCUCUGCCUAUCAAUCCCCCCUGGGUCUGUCUGCUGCGCCCCAACUGACGUCCAUGGUGGGAGCUCAGCCCAAUGUAGAGAAGCUGGUGGAGGAUCACCUGGCGGUCCAGUCCCUAAUCCGAGCAUACCAGAUCCGAGGGCACCACGUGGCCCAGUUGGACCCUCUCGGAAUCAUGGACGCAGAUCUGGACUCAUGUGUCCCCACUGACAUAAUCACCUCCUCGGACAAGCUGGACCUGCCUGGGUUCAAGGAGAGACUCCGUGUCCUCACUGUGGGAGGCUUCUAUGGUCUGGUUGAGUCCGACCUGGACAAGGUGUUCCGCCUCCCCACCACGACCUUCAUUGGUGGGUCGGAGAGCGCUCUGCCCCUCAAGGAGAUUAUCCGACGGCUGGAGAUGGCGUACUGCCAGCACAUUGGGGUGGAGUUUAUGUUCAUCAAUGAUCUGGAGCAGUGUCAAUGGAUCCGACAGAAGUUUGAGACUCCAGGGGUGAUGCAAUUCGAUCUGGAGGAGAAGAGGACUCUACUGGCCCGCAUGGUCCGCUCAACCAGGUUCGAGGAGUUCCUCCAGAAGAAGUGGUCUGCUGAGAAGCGCUUUGGUCUGGAGGGCUGCGAGUCUCUCAUCCCUGCUCUGAAGACCAUCAUUGAUAAAUCGUCAGAGAGUGGCGUGGAGUACGUCAUCAUGGGCAUGCCUCACAGGGGACGCCUGAACGUUCUGGCAAACGUUAUCCGAAAAGAGCUGGAGCAGAUCUUCUGUCAGUUUGACUCCAAACUUGAGGCUGCAGAUGAGGGUUCUGGAGAUGUUAAGUACCAUCUGGGCAUGUAUCAUCGGCGCAUCAACCGCGUGACAGACCGGAACAUCACGCUGUCCCUGGUGGCCAACCCAUCUCACCUGGAGGCUGCCGACCCGGUGGUACAGGGCAAGACCAAGGCUGAGCAGUUCUACUGCGGGGAUAACGAUGGAAAGAGGGUCAUGUCCAUCCUACUCCAUGGAGACGCAGCCUUUGCUGGUCAAGGUAUCGUCUACGAGACCUUUCACCUGUCGGACCUGCCGUCUUACACAACACAUGGCACCGUGCAUGUCGUGGUCAACAACCAGAUCGGUUUCACCACCGACCCUCGUAUGGCCCGGUCGUCUCCUUACCCCACCGAUGUGGCUCGUGUUGUCAACGCUCCCAUCUUUCACGUGAACGCAGAUGACCCCGAGGCUGUCAUCUAUGUGUGCAAGGUGGCAGCAGAGUGGAGGGCCACUUUCCACAAGGAUGUGGUGGUGGACCUGGUUUGUUACCGCAGGAUGGGCCACAACGAGAUGGAUGAGCCGAUGUUCACUCAGCCUCUGAUGUACAAACAGAUCAAGAAGCAGAAACCAGUUCUGCAGAAAUACGCAGAGAAGCUGAUUGCUGACGGAAGCGUCACUCGCCAGGAGUACGAGGAGGAGAUUGCCAAGUAUGACAAGAUCUGUGAGGAGGCCCACGCUCGCUCCAAAGACGAGAAGAUCCUACACAUCAAACACUGGCUGGACUCCCCCUGGCCCGGUUUUUUCACCUUGGAUGGACAACCCAAGUCCAUGAGCUGCCCCUCCACUGGACUGACAGAGGAGAACCUGAACCACAUUGGGCAGACAGCCUCGUCUGUCCCAGUGGAGGACUUCACCAUCCAUGGAGGUCUCAGUCGCAUCCUUAAGGGCAGAGCAGAGAUGGUACGCAACCGGACUGUGGACUGGGCUCUUGGGGAGUACAUGGCCUUUGGAUCUUUGCUGCAGGAGGGCAUCCAUGUCCGCCUGUCAGGUCAGGAUGUGGAGAGAGGAACCUUCAGUCACCGCCACCACGUCCUUCAUGAUCAGAAUGUGGACAAGCGGACCUGUAUUCCCAUGAACCACCUGUCACCUGACCAGGCGCCGUACACCGUCUGCAACAGCUCGCUGUCCGAGUAUGGCGUCCUGGGGUUCGAGUUGGGCUUCGCCAUGGCGAGUCCAAAUGCCCUGAUUCUGUGGGAGGCCCAGUUCGGAGACUUCCACAACACGGCGCAGUGUAUUAUCGACCAGUUCAUCUGCCCAGGUCAGGCUAAGUGGGUUAGACAGAACGGCAUUGUGCUGCUGCUGCCCCAUGGCAUGGAGGGCAUGGGCCCAGAACAUUCUUCUGCUCGUCCCGAAAGGUUCCUGCAGAUGUGCAACGACGACCCGGAUGUGCUGCCGAACAUCACGGAUGACUUUGCGGUGCGUCAACUUUAUGACUGCAACUGGAUCGUGGUCAACUGUUCCAGCCCUGGGAACUACUUCCAUGUGCUCAGGAGGCAGAUCCUGCUGCCCUUCAGGAAGCCCCUCAUCGUCUUCACUCCAAAAUCUCUGCUGCGCCACCCUGAGGCCAGAUCCAAUUUUGACGAGAUGCUGCCAGGGACUCACUUCCAGAGGCUGAUCCCAGAGGCGGGCCUAGCGGCCGAGCGUCCACAGGAGGUCAAGCGCCUGAUCUUCUGUACUGGCAAAGUCUAUUACGAGCUGACCAAAGAGAGGAAGAGCCGGGGGAUGGAGGGAGAGGUUGCAGUUGCCCGCAUCGAGCAGCUGUCUCCGUUCCCUUUCGACCAAGUGAAGGCGGAGUCAGAGCGCUUUGCCAAUGCUGACCUGGUCUGGUGUCAGGAAGAGCACAAGAACCAGGGCUACUACGACUACGUGAAGCCUCGGAUCAGAACCACCAUUCAGAGAGCCAAGCCCGUCUGGUAUGCUGGCAGAGACCCGGCAGCUGCUCCGGCCACAGGGAACAAGAACACGCACCUGAUGGAGCUGCGGCGCUUUCUGGACACGGCCUUUGACCUGGAUGCGUUUAAAGACCAGCAGUAGAGCAAAGAUCCUCCACAUGCGCGCGUGCACACACAUACACACACACGCUCAAACACGCACACACACCCACCCUCUUUUUAGUUUUAAAGUUCAUGCCGGUUUCCUCAGCCUUGGAGUCUCGUGAGAGAAAAAGACGAGGCGAAAUGAAGAUUUUUAAAUUGUGGUUUGGACCCGAGCUUCUCUGCUUCUGCUCACUGUAGAUGCUGUCGUAGUUUAGAGAUUCAUCUUUAUUUUGGGGGAACAAAGUGAAACGCUGCUGAAGUUGAUCCAAACCAGGUUUUCGCUUCCUCCGGUGCCAAAGUGUCUCCGGUUCAGUCCAGCAGAAUUCAACUGCAGAGAAAACCAACUAUUUAUUUUCUUAAACGGAGGAAACUGACGUGUCUUUGUUUUGCUCAUAAAAUAAAGAGAGUUGUUUAUCCUG